UCCCUAAGGACGGUGGUGCUUUUAAGGACUCAAACAUGCAUGGCUCAAGAAGUGAGGGAUGCUCAGGAUGCAGGUGCUCAGUUGAGCGUAGAACUUGCAGAUGGGUUAACGUCAGCGUUUUAAGUUCAUCCGCUGCCCGCUGGUGUGCCACAGGAUCCAUCCAGCAUGGGUGACCUGCUAGGAUUGGACAACUUGGUGGCCAACACCACCUACCUGAAGGCCCAGCAGAUCAAUCGCAACGAGCUGAGAAAACGGAGACUCUCCCUGACGCUGCCCAAGCUGAAGAAGACCUCUGCUCUCCAGGCAGCAGAGGGAGAGAUGUACGAGUCACUCUGCGAGCAACAGCCUAUCGGGAGCAAGCUGUUCCAGCAGUUUCUCCUGACCUCUAACGACCAGUACGCGGCUGCUGCUGAGUUUCUGGAUGAGCUGAGCAAGUGGAGCUUUGCCGAAGAUGAAAAAAGAGAAAAAGCCAAACAGACGAUCCUCGCCAAGUUCUGCCAGUCUCAGUCUACGGGAUUCCUGUCCUACUUCACCGAAGAGGAUGCUGAAACAUGCAAGGACUUAUCAGACAGUAACUUUGAUGAGGUGAUUUUGGACCAGCUGAGAGAAGCCACUAGAGAGUUCCUGAAGGGAAGACCUUUCUCAGAGUACCUGAAAAGCCAGUUCUUCUACAGGUUUCUGCAGUGGAAGGAGUACGAGAGGCAGAAGAUCACUGACAAAUACUUUUAUGAGUUCAGGACUCUUGGAAAAGGUGGCUUUGGUGAGGUGUGCGCGGUGCAGGUGAAGCACACGGGCCAGAUGUACGCCUGCAAGAAGCUGGAUAAGAGGCGUUUGAAGAAGAAAGGCGGUGAGAGAAUGGCUCUCGUGGAGAAGCAGAUUCUGGAAAAGGUCAACAGCCUAUUUAUCGUAAACCUGGCUUACGCUUACAACAGCAGACACCACCUGUGCCUGGUAAUGGACCUGAUGACUGGAGGAGACCUCAGGUUCCACAUAUACGACUUAGGGAAGAGAGGCAUACGGAUGGAGCGUGUGGUUUACUACACAGCCCAGAUAAUCAGUGGCCUCCUGCACUUGCACAACAUGGGCAUCGUGUACCGUGAUAUGAAGCCUGAAAAUGUGCUGCUGGAUGGUAAAGGACAAUGUCGCCUGUCAGACCUCGGAUUGGCUGUGGAGCUGUCCAAGGGCAAAAUGAUCUGCCAGAAGGCUGGUACGACUGGCUACAUGGCCCCUGAGGUUCUGAAGCAGGAGUACUACCGCUACUCUGUGGACUGGUGGUCCCUGGGAUGCAGCAUUUAUGAGAUGGUGGCCGCCCGCUUGCCUUUCAGAGACUUCAGGGAGAAGGUGCAGAACGAUGAGGUGACUCGCCGCACCCUGGAGGACGAGUGCAAGUUUGAACACAAAUCCUUCGAUGCUCCCACCAAAGAUAUUAUCAGCCGCUUCCUCAAGAAGAGGGUGGCGCGUCGCUUUGGGUGCCAAGGCGAUGACCCACGAAGCCACGAGUUCUUCAACAGCAUCAACUUCCACCGACUGGAGGCGGGCCUGCUGGAGGCCCCCUGGGUGCCAAAGCCCAACGUGGUCUACGCCAAAGACGCGGACGAGUUCAAGGACAACUCUGACAUCAAGGACGUCACGUUUGACACCAAGGAUGAGAAGUUCUUCAGGGAGUUCAGCACGGGCGCAGUGUCCAUGCAGUGGCAGAAGGAGAUGAUUGACAGCGGCGUGUUUGACGAGCUGAACAGCGCCGCGGUCAUCCAACGCGACCGAGAGACUGCGUGGAAAACCAGGCUGUGCGUCCUUUUCUAAGCACACUCACAGGAGGAAUUUUGGACACUUGAAUAUGCACAGAUGUCCUUAAAUCGAAGUGCCUUCAAUUAUGUGCCUCGGAAACCUUUUUACGCGUGCCCUUUUUCCUUAACCUCAGUACAUUUCCCCACAUAAAUAAUUUCAUUAUGCAGCCACAGCCAAACAUAAUAGGACAUUAGUAGCUGCAGUAAAAUAAACUUGCAGUAUUAAUGCCCAGAUGGAAAACAUGCUGACAUUGUACUGCAGCUGCGGCUUUAUACUUUGCCCUCUGUUCCCGGUGAGACAGCAGAUCCCAGCACCUUCAUAGUUUCCAUUACAUCACUUGGCAAUUUUUGGCAGGCAGCUGUUUACGUGUGUUUGUAAACAAGCUCCAUAAUGGCUGUGUGUCAUCACACUAAUGCGCCACCUUUCUAUUAGUGGCCCACGUUUCACACGGGACCUCUGAAGAGCCCUUCUUCUUUCCCCCUCUGAUGAGCUCCUGCUCAGGGUCGCGCUGAUGAAGUCUCUCAGCGCACCACUGAGCGCCGCCAGACGCUCACGGAGUUCGCUCAACCUCCCGCGGCACUCAUCAUCAUCAUCCCCAUUAUCCCGCGCUGCUCUGGUAUUUACAAGCACUGGAUGACUCGUUCACUAAUUUUAACGACCGAGGGAGACAAAUUGUCGUACAUGCACAAAGUUUUUUCCACUUGAGAACAUGUUAACAUAGAUUUUCUGGCACCAUCGAGCCAACGCCAAACCCCUUUACAGCUCCCUCAAAUCACCCUUUGUUUAUGCACAAACCCCUUGUUGCUGUGCUCAGUGCACAGCAACAACAACAACAAAAAGUAGGCUGUUUGGGAAAACCUUUCACACACAAGUUGCCUUUAAGGAUCCAUAGUUUCUUCUGAUUCAUGACUGAAGACUCAGGUUGAAGUAAAUCAACGGACUGUUACUGCUAAUCAAUCGUUGCAGAGUCUACUGUAGCUUCUGCUUGGAAAACAGCAGAUUUCAGGGGGGCAGGUUUGGCCUUUAGGCUACCAGAAUCCCCUAGGUGUCUUAUUUUUGACUUAUUUUUACUUAUAAACUUUUAAACAACUGCAACUUAAGAAAAGUGGUGGGCAGAUCGAUCCAGAUAUCGAUAUUCUAGAUACCAAUGCUGGUAUUGGUAUCCGACCGAUACUGGCGCUAUAGAAUCGAUACUUUAGUUUUUGAAAAUGAAAAAAUAAAUUCCAAAAAUGUCUGUGAAUGUAAUAACCAACAGAAGUUGACCCAAACUGCUUUAAAGACAGGCACAAGACAGUCUCCAAAAACAUUCAGAUUUAAAAUACAUAAA